AUGGCACUAUCAGCGCAGAGGGGCCGACAAGCAGACGGCGAGUCGGCGACCUCCCGGUCUUCCUCGCAAUCAUCAGGAUGGUUCGAGGCCUUGGCUGAGGAUGUUGCAGAGCAGCUACGGGAGCUAGAUCCCGAGCCUGCCUUACAUCCGGAGCCUGCCUUACAAGUACCUGUCGGAAACCUGGUGUCCAGGGCCACAGCUCAUGUAGCAGUCGCUCCUGUCUCGGCCGUCGCACCUUGGGCACUCCAAAAGCCAGAUCUUCGCUACCCGCCGCCCCCUCCGCCGAAUCCUCCCGUGUUCACAGACAAGAUGGACAACGCCAAUGUCAGCGCAGAUCACAAAAACGGCACCUGUGAUCCGUGUGUCUUUUUCAACUCGUCCAGGGGCUGCUCGAAGGGCACUGCAUGUCGCUUUUGCCACUUGGGAAAUCAUAUCAACCUUGACAAGGUCAAAGCGAUCCAGCGACCCAGGAAGCAGACACGCGACAAGUACAAGACCGUGGUGCAGAAACUUCUGCAGCAGAUGGAGCUAAACCCAGACAAAGCCCAUGAAGAGCUCCAGGCCGAAGCUAACAAGAGCUCCUACGUCCGGAAGCUCCUACAGGGCUACUUGGAUGGGAACGAAUCUAUGCUCGAUCUCGAACCGCUGCCCCAGUUCCCAAUGGCUUACAGCCCCAUGCCAUUUCGACCGCCCAUUCCCACACCCAUGCACCAACCCUUGGUUUACCCGGUGCAUCCAACAUAUCUCGGGCCGCCGCCUCAUGUGGCAGGCCCGAUGCCCCUUUGUGGGAGGUGA